GACAGCUAGCUCAGGACAUUUUGCACGUUUCUUGCGUUGCAAGUAGUAGUAGUCGAUGGAAGUCAGUACAGGUCGAAGGCGCUUGGGUUCUGAGCGUUGGGUCUUGGAAAUAGCUUAGUUGAAAGCCACCAGUACCAUUUGUCUGUCUGCGGCAAUAUCUGUUGAAGCGGCGGGAACUCCUUGAAAACGACGUUACCAAUGAAAUGAAUUUCUCUGAAUCUUUCAAGCAUUCAAAUUUCUUGUGUCAAUAUUCGCCCAACGGCAAAUAUGUGGCAUCGGCAUCCCAGCAUCGCCUUGUUGUCCGCAGCGUGAGCACAUUGCAGAUUGAGCACCUCUUUACGUGCAACGAUGUCAUUCAGGAACUGGAGUGGUCUCCAGACUCUGCUCUCAUACUGUGUGGCAUGUUCAAGCGCUCUCUCAUCCAGGUUUGGUCACUUGAGCAGCCAGAGUGGGCAUGCAAGAUUGAUGAGGGAUGGGCAGGUGUGAUCGCUGUUCGCUGGGCACCUAACUCGCGCCACAUCCUGACAACGCUCGACUUCAAUUUACGUGUGGUUGUAUGGUCCUUGCUUGAUAAGUCUAUAUCCUACAUCAAGUACCCAAAGGGCUUUAUGGACUUCUCUAAGGAUGGCCGCUAUCUUGCCCUUGCUGAGCGCCGUGACUGUAAGGACUACGUCAGUGUAUUUGAUUGCAAUGUCUGGCAGCUAUGCAAGCACUUUGCCGUGGACACGCGUGACUCAAGUGGGCUAGCAUGGUCUCCUGACGGAUCCCUAUUGGCUGUGUGGGAUUCACCAGUCAAUUUCAAGAUUCUACUCUACUCACCGGACGGUCGGUGUCUCGGCACCUAUUCAGCGUAUGAUAAUGCGCUGGCUAUUAAGAGCGUGUCUUGGUCCUCUUCUGGACAGUUCUGUGCCAUUGGUUGCUACGAUCAAAAGGUAAGGCUGCUUAAUCACCUGACCUGGAAACCUAGCAUGGAGUUUGACCAUCCAACAUCGUUCUCACCCAAGAAAAGCACAACAGUUGUCUAUCAGGAAGUGGUAAUUGAUGGACCCCAAGCACCUAUCGAUAUGACAUCAACACUUCAAGAGCGUCAGCGCAUUCAUCGCCAGCAAAGCAGAUAUGACAUCUUCACUGGUCGUGUUCGUUUGCUGGAGGUGAAGCCCGACCCAGAGAAGCCCAACCCACGUCUUGGUGUGGGCCUUGCAAAGUUUAGUGUGGACUCUGUCUACCUUGCUACACGCAAUGGUCGUUGGUUACCGAUUUACAGCUUAUGUCAUGCAUACAAUACAAAUGUGUAUUCGAUUAUCCGGUUCCCUCGCCUAUCCGGAUAUUUUUCUGAAAAACGGAUGUGUGCGAUUAUGCUAGGUCUGGCUGUAUACCAGUACAUUGUCCGUGUGUUAGAUGACAUCUUCACUGGUCGUGUUCGUUUGCUGGAGGUGAAGCCCGACCCAGAGAAGCCCAACCCACGUCUUGGUGUGGGCCUUGCAAAGUUUAGUGUGGACUCUGUCUACCUUGCUACACGCAAUGACAACCAGCCUAACACCGUGUGGAUUUGGGAUAUGCUGAGGCUGACACUAGUGGCAUUGCUGAUGCAAACAUCACCUGUUCGCUGUCUAGAAUGGUCACCAGUCACCACUGAACUGGCCGUGUGUAGUGGCACUAGCCAUGUGUAUAUCUGGUCACCGGCUGGCUGUACAAGCACCAGCAUCCCAACAGACCUACCGUUCCCAGCACAACGUCUUAGCUGGUCACCGUGUGGUGAUUCGUUCACAGUAAUGUCCAAAGAACGAUUCUGUGUCUGCUACCACCAAGGUGAGAUGAAAGCAUCCCAGCUGGAGGAAUAGUCCAUGUGCCUGUGCCUGUAUAAUCUUGAAUUUUCUGAAGAGCGGCAUACAUCCAGGAUGGCAGCUGGGCUGUCUUACCGCAAUUCUUGAAAGCAUUGGCUUUCAUCUCCUGCCUGCAGCCUGCUGCAUCUGGCCAUGUGCUGUUAUCUGGCCAUUUGCUGUUAUGAAGUAUUUUUCUUACAGUAUAAUUGAACAAUUUUUAUUUCGCUCACUCCAAUGGCCGAGUUUGCCACGACCCUCCGUUUUCUCCUCUUUUUUUGGGUUUUACUUUUACAGUAGUAGGUUUGUGAAUACUCUAGUUUCCCUCUUAUUUGAUUUCUACUUUCUUCAUGCACAUAUCCACAGUGUUAUAGAACCCAUACUCAUACCUAAGAAAAACCUUCUAAUUUGAUAGGCAUGCCCCCUUCAGUGGUUGAUUUAUUGUAUAUACCCGUGCUUGCCACCCUUGGAACAGACCUGAAGGUGGCUUUGGUGUAAUCGUUGAGUCUCAUUCCGAAGUACAGCAACGCCAUACUGCCUGGUUUGCAUCGUUUAGCACAGCAUACAGCUACAUGUAUUGCCAGCUUUUGGCCAAUGUUCCAUACACACAGUAUGCAGAAUGAUCUGUACACACAUGUGACAUUAUUACUGUAUCAUAUCCACUCAA